GUAGCAGAUCACAUCAGGUUGCAGGCGCGCCGCUUAUGUGUGUGAAAAAAUGCACAUUUGACGCGAAAUUUUCAACGUAUAAAUACCAGUGGAGUGAUUCAGUAGCUGCGUUGACGCAACAUAUUUUCUAUUAAAUUCUUCAAAAAUGAAUAUUUAUAUAUAUUGUUUGCUGCUUGCAAUACUACACCAAUAUCAGCAUAAACUUGCCAGCGGCCAUUUGAGGCCUUUAUAUCCCGAUACAGAUAGCGAGGAGGAUGAAAGCGAAAAAGGUGGUGCGCCAAAAAUAUUGCCUUUGCUUAGACCCUCACCGCCCAAUCUAGACAAUAACAGAGCGCCACCAACCAAUCGCAGAUACCCAGAUCAACAGCAUUUUUGGCAACCUCCACCGCCCACCGCUACACAACACUAUCCUACUGAUAAACCGGCACUAAUCAAUGUCACUGUAGUUGAUUCUGUCGCUACGGCUAGUGCCUACAGCAGCGGCAGCUAUGAUGAUGGUAGCAGCAGCGUAAACGGCAGCAGCACUUUCGUACCAUUAAUACGUAACAGCAGCACGGAAUUCGUUCGUAAUUCCAGCGCAACACCAACGUCCUCCUCAGUGCAAUAUUGCGAGCCGGAAGUAUUCGAACAUGAUUACAUCAUCGUUGAAAAUCUCACGCACCCCACCACGAAUAUUUGGAAACGGGCACGCGUCGGUGAGCGCGCUGGCCUACGGGAAGUUUGUCUACAGUCGAACGGUUUGCCGCUAACGCGCUUGUGUCGCUACAAUAAGCAAGAGCAGCGCGCCGAAUGGGAGGAUAUCAGCGCCUGGCCGCGCGUUUCCUGCUUGCGGCAUGCACGUGAAUGCAUACUUAGCGAUAAACUUAACAGACUGCAUGAACGUUUGUUGGAUAGGCAGGCGUUGGACGAUGAAGUAACAAAGCGCAGAGAAGUGACUGGACAACUGUACAAAAUGUUGCGUGAGACUAACUUCAACUUGUUGCCCGCAGAUGUGCACUUAACUUCGCAAAUAUUGCACGAGGUGGCCGUCGCAUCGCAGGAUCCUGAGUUGUCGGUGGAUAUGGUUAGCAUAUGCGACCGAUUGAUGACGAGCGAUCCACAUGUUUUGCGCAUUUCGGCAAACUUGAAUGCCACCAACUCAAUACUGGACACUUUCGAACACUAUAUGGACGCGAUGUCUGCGCGCCAAGUUCCAAACGAAAGCUGCGCGAGUACAUCGACAACGACAAUAGUUUCACGUCCCAGUGACGAGUCGAGCGAAGAUGUCGCAAGCGGCUACUCAAAUGCCAUUGAGGAAGUAAAAAUGGGGCAUUUAGGUAUUCGCGCACAUAUUUCGGCAAACAUAAGUGUCUUUUUUGUAAAUCCGAGUUGUGCAAACAUAUCCGGCAUAGCGUGUACGCGCCAACGGCAAAGCGAACCAGGAACAAAUGCCACGCAUGCGCUCCUAAACGCAACGGUGGCGAAUUUUCGUUACCGUUUCAUCAAUAUGAACGAAUCGGUUUCGUCGUUGAUGCAGGAACCCGGCCUACAAGUAGCGGGAUAUUUGCCAACGCGCUUGUGGGAAAAAGUGCGCACAACGCUGCUGUCGGAGGGUCUACCGUUGGUGGUAUUGAAAGUUUAUGGACACGACGCGCUUUUUGUAGAUCCGGCACUAAUACUCACGCGCAAACCAUUCAGCAAAAUUCUCUCCAUCUCCAUACCGGGCUACAGACAAAAUUUUCCAGAGCCACUGCCAUUUCUGUUGCGUAAUCGUUUCGAUUAUAUGGAUCCGUCACUCAUAGCGCAACCGGGCACCGGUUGUGGCUACUGGAACUACACUACUUGGGUGAAUAAUGGUGUGCAGACGGAUAUCGAAGAUUUGCUGAAGCAAUCCGUAAUUGAGUGCCAUACACAUCACUUGACGCAAUUCUCAUUCCUAUUGGGCGGCACCUAUAAGCAGGUCGACAUUAGCAACGAUGUGCUCAUAACACCAAUACAUAUGCGUGCUUUAGACAUAAUUUCGCUGGUGGGUUGCUCACUUUCGCUGGUAGGACUGUUGGGGAUUUGGAUCACAGCAGUAAUGUUCAAGAGUUGGCGCGCACUCGCCUCCACUAAAGUGCUGCUAAACCUCUGUGUGGCGCUAACGCUGCAAAUUGUGCUUUUCGUAUUCGUCAAUACAGAGGAUAUGUCCGCCGAGCUGGUCGAAGAUCGUCUAUAUAUAAAUUGCAUAGUGCUAGGUGCCUUUAUGCAAUACUCAAUUUUAGUGCUAUUCGCUUGGAUGUUAAUAAUUGCGAUGCUACAAUUUCAGCGUUAUGUAACCGUUAUCGGCAUUGAGCGACCGAAAAGAUAUAUACUUAAGUCCUGUUUAGUCGCAUGGGGCAUACCGCUCAUACCCACUAUCCUGGUAGUAUGCAUAGAUCCUAAAACUUACAUUCCCUCCGAAUACGAAUUGCAAACAAAUACCGGAAUUUGCUAUCCCAGCGGGUUGUCGUUAACGCUUGGCAUCGUAGUGCCAAUAUCAAUUGUUGUGGCUGCCAAUCUCACUAUUUUCAUCUACGUUUUCUACAGCAUAUCGCAUACACUGAAUCAAGCAAUGCAGCGCAACGAGAAGAAAAUGAUCAUAAAGCAGAUACGCUUGUCGGUGUUGCUCUUUUUUCUGCUCGGCAUAUCAUGGAUUUUUGGCAUUUUUGCAUACAUGCAGGCCGGUAUCAUAUUCUCCUAUCUCUUCUGCCUCACUGCCACCAUGCAAGGAUUUGUGUUAUUCAUAUAUUUUGUGCUCAUAGAUGAAAUGCCUCGCAAUGCUUGGCUAAACUUGUUGUAUCCUUACCGCAAGAAGAAGAGCAGCAAAAGAGCUACGGAACUACAAUCGAUGACAACUUCAACGGGUCUGGAAAGUGGUUCGUGUUCGCGCGACGCUAUACCUCGCGAGCGUCGAAGGGAAAAUAUAAAUGGACACUCCACACCAAAGUCACCGGUGGGUGGUGCUGGGCAGGCUGAAAUGUGAAAAAUUCGGUCAGAAGGUGCAUAUGCAAGGAACAUAGACUGAAAGAUUUUACCCACACAUGCAUGCUAAAUACGCUGGCAAUCAAAAGUGAGUCAAGUUAGAUUUUUUUUUUGUUAUCUUUUUUAUCAAAAUAUAGUUCAUGCUUUAAUCGAAACUACAUAAGUCAAAUUCUAAAAGUUUAUACAGAACGUAGAAAAAUUCAACAAAUUUGCAUCUAAAUUUUGAACUUUUUAAUCUGAGUUUUUAGAAAAACGGUUAUGUAAUUCUGGUGAAGCAAGUGAAUGUUUUAGGCGGAUAAAGAACUGCGUUGAUUUUUAAUGAUUAUUUUUUCGCCGGAUUUUGAGGUUUUAUGCAUAUGAUAUGUUUGAAAAUGGUCUUGCGCAUUUUAUUCUACAAGAAAUUCCCUUUUUAAAUGGUACAAAGUGGAAUAAGAAUCAGCAAUAAAAAUCAUUAAAAAUCAACGCAACUCGGGUUAAAAAGUUUGA